UUUGGUUAUAAAAAAAAAUACAAGCAGAGAUCAAAGAUGGAAUUUUUGGGCCGCCUCAUCAGUGAUGAUCAUCAUGAUCCAUUAUAUUUUGAUUUUGAUCGAGAAUUUGAUGAUGAUGGUGAUGGUGAGGAUUUUGAUGGAAUGCUUCAACAUAUUCGAGAAGCAACUAGUGAUGAAGACGAGGCAUUGAGGUUGCUGACACAAAAAGUUGCGGAGGAGUUUGUGCGGUACAAUGUUACAAGCCGUAAAAAAGGUUACUUGAAAGACAAGAAUGACGUUCGAUGUGUAAACCCACUUGGUUUAUCUAUACCCUGGAGGAUGAGAGGAAACCGAGAUCAUAUUCCGUUUAUUUCCAAGAAAAAGAGAUCAAACAAUAUGAAGAGAAGAUCCUACUUCUUCUCACCAGUUGAUAGGAGUACCAGUGCUGGAGAUAAGAUCGAAGCCCAGAGAAAGCAAAACAAAAGGAGAGGCAUAGAUGGGAAAGGAGAGGGUGUUAAGAGGUCGACAGCGAAUAAAAGGAAGGUUGCAAAGGUAAGCCUGAAGAAGUUGGGUUUUGAUCAACUAGAUUUCUCUGAUGAAAUAAGACCCCUGAUAUCAUGGCAAGGGGGUACUGACAAGGAUUUCAAGUUAAGAAUAACGAAAAAAUUGUUUCAAACUGAUAUGAGCGACUACCAUGAUCGUUUAUCAAUGCCUAUGAAUCAGAUAAAGGAUCUUGAAGGGUUUCUGAAUGAUGAGGAGAACAAGGAAUUGGCCAAACCCAAAUCAGAAACCAAUGGCAUUGAGGUGAAGCUGUUCGAUUUGUCAAGCGUCAGCCAUGGUACUACUCUUGGCCAUGAUGAUCAGAACGUCAAUAGUAUUAGUAUUGAAACAAUGCGUUUGAGGAAGUGGAACAUGAACACCAGCAGCUGCUACGUAUUAAAUACAAGCUGGAAUAGUGUACUGAAUAAGGGAGUGCUAAAGGAAAAUGACUUUGUGCAGAUUUAUUCCUUUAGGCGCAAUGAGAACCUAUGUUUUGUGCUGAUUAAGGUCAGUGAUGGACAAGGUUGCAGAGAUGGUGCAUUUGGAAACAGAAGCAACGCUAAUGAAGGGGAUUGUGCUACCGUGAGUAUUCAAGGAAGGAACGAAGAUGGGGCUAGCUAGUACAAGUACUCAUGAUCGCACAUAGAUGUCAUCGUCUAUAGAGAGGACAAAACUGCUAGCAUCAAUAAUUUUAGUACUUAAAAAGUUAGUUAGGUUGAGCAUUAUGACUUUAAGUCUCUUUUAAUGUAUUGGGAUUAAUUAUUUAGCUUUCAGUUUUGUUUUCCUGUCUCUCUUGUUACGUGUUUCUGAUUGUUUAUUCAAGAAUUUAGAUGACUUUUCA